UCUAACGCGUCAAACGCGUUAAUCGAUUCAUCUUCCAACUUAUUGCCUCCAAUCAAUACGUUGAUUUAGCGAUGGAAACGGGUGCUAAACCAACAUAGGAGAUAUAAUAAUACCUCGUCAGAUAUAUUGCGACCUUACUUCAUUAGUAUCAUGAGUACUAUUGAAGCCAUCAGUUCAAGAUGGCAAAGCAGUCUAACCUAGUCCCCAAACUUAGACCUCCGCCAAAUCUCCUUGGGCAAACAAAAAUCCAUCGGUGUCUUGUCAAAGUUGGGAGCGACCAACAAAAACUUUUGGCGCUCUCUAAUUCCUGGGCACAAUUUCUCAGCAGAUCCUCUAAGCCUUUUCUAAACGUACCUCCUGAAGUACUACAGGAUCUAAAGGAGUGCUACUCUCGGCAAUUACAGCCAACACAGUCAGACGAAGCUAUUUCAUCAGCUGAUGCACAGGCAGAUAUAAUUGAUCAGGAUGAAAAGUAUUCUCAAGUUGCUCAUUCUGAACCUGACGCCGAAACCGAUGAUGAGGGGCGUCAAAAUGAGCCAUGGUCAUCAAGCCCUUACCAUCACAGAUUUAUACCUGAAAGGACGAGUGAUGAAACCCCUCAGCAGCCGUUUAUCACACAAGUACCAUCUAUCUCCCCUCCUCAGCCUACGAAACCUACUCUGUCUAAACCACAAGCCCUUCCUCCUUUCCCACAAAGUAGCCAAGAGCAAGAAGAACCUCUUGAGGUUGAGGUGCCGACUGGUAUUAACGACAAUGUUCUUCCUUUCGGAAAAUUAGGUGCGCAUAUGGGCACCACGCCCCCUUCUGCUCAAGUGGUACCCUGUACCUAUGAGCAGUUGGAGCAAUCGUCUAUGGUAUCAAAAACGAAGCCGAAGCAACGGAUAUAUAAAGAAGCCCCUGAAUUCUAUCGCCCGGAAAAGAUUAGGCCAGUAUCAGCUCAUCCCAGCCUAGGCGUUGCAAGAUUAGAGCAUGCUGUUGCACCAUUUCCUAAUGCACAGAGUUCCGAAUUAGGGGGCAAUCCACCAUCUUCGAUUAUACCAUCUACUGUCCUGGAUGCGGUUCCGCGGAGGAGUCCUCCUGCUUGGCAAGUUAACCGACCUAAUUCUCCAUCCGGGGAUCCUCAUAUUAGCCACGAUGGUAUUGAAGCCCCGGAUUCUCCACAAACUCAACCACCUUCACCUGAAUACAGCCCUCCAACGCCGCAGCUCAGAUCUUCGCCACCUGUUCUAUCUAUUCCUCGAAUUGCAUCACCAAUCAUCAGUCAACCACAUUCGGUAUCUCAAACGCCAUUUAUUCGUUACACUAUAACGUACCCAAACUACAAUGGAAGCAUCAGUGACUUUGUGACUGCUUGUAUGUACAUACAGCUCCAACAGCGAAGGAUACGAACGUCAUUGUACGAUGAUUUUAUUCGAGCGUGGCAUGAAGGUUAUCUACCGUAUGUUCAAGAAUGCGAUAAUGCCGAGCCCCCCGUGAAGGCGUUAAACGCCAUUGACUGGUAUAACCAGAUUGACGAUGAUCCGGUAUUUACAUCGCGAAUUAUCAUAAAACAAAAUCUCGAGUCAACUCUUAAUUCUUAUCCAGAUGAGCUGAGCUCAGCUCGAAGUCUCCUGGGCCUAUCAUCAGGACAGUCACAAGGCCCAACGAGCACUCCUGAUGCUACUCUUCUGGCAAAAGGUCACACAUUGUCGCCAGAAUUUGCUGUUACGGUAGAUGCCAUGCCUAGCGGAGAAGGCCAAGAUAUUCCAGCAGUAGAGUUGACUAAAAGUGCAUCUAAUGAUAUAUCCUUAGCGGCUACAUCCACACCACUGAAGUCACAUCACAAAAAAGUCAUCCCAGUCAACCAAUCGAUAGGAGAGAUCGGUCCAAAGCCAAUUAAAACUAAGGGUCUUACGCGAUCCUUCUCCGAAGUAUCUCGUUACAAGAGGAAAUCAAGCGAAGCGCUCAAUUCUUCCUCGCCUAAGAGGGUAUCAGUCAACUCCCUAGCUGGACCCGACUCCGGGAUUAAUACAGCCGCUGCGAAGCCUGGAGUCCCUAAUAGUUCAGCUCGAGGUUCUCCCACGCCUAGUUCUACAGCGGAGAGAAAGAGGAAAUACGCCGACGACCCGAAGAAGAGAAGCGAAUCGUUCAAAAAGUUCUUAAAGAGGCGGCAUAAGUGGGAAAAGGACAGCAUUGCGAGCUCGGCGCCUGUGAGCAAUACUCCGACGUCUGCCCAGAGAGAAUAGAAAUCGGCGUACAAAAGUUGUACAAUAUUAGUAAACCGUGUAAACUGGGAAAUGCUGACAUGUUCUACGGUUUGUUGACUUACGGAGUUUCAGGGGUACUUGUGCGUAUAUCGCGAGCUUGAGAUACCCUGAUUUACGAUUAUUUACGUGUCUGGAAGACAGGUAUUACAUAUCCCUUAGAGAAUUUUACGUGAGACACUCAGUGUGUAGGUACUACCUUGCCAUAAUAUUACUACUACCAACUACAUAUUAGACGAUAGUUGACUCCAAUUCCUGACUAUGAAAUAUAGUAAGGUAUAUUCGUCACGAGGUAAACUAGACCGUUAGAUAGGCCUUAAUAGUAAAUCGGUG